UAAUGGCAGCUUCUUCCAUCAAGAUUUUUGAUACUUCGGAGUCUGUUGAUCCCACUGUAGGCUUCAUCUCACUUCCUCUAAAGAAAUCAAAUUUCCAAAUCCAAAGGCCUUAUGACAUACCAGAAGAUCAACGUUAUUCCUUCAUUGAUGGAGUGCAUAAAUUGUGGGUUUUCAAGACUGAUAAACCUCAUUCUCCUGAAAGUCACACUAAACCUCGUACAGAAAUCCGUAUACUUGGUUAUGAUUACUCUUCUGGAAUUUGGCAAUUCGAAGGAUACGGAUUUGUUCCAAAUGGAACUUCUGGUGUGUGCAUAAUGCAAGUGUUUGGAGCAAGCCCACCUCAUGCCUCAACUUUAAUGCUUAGGGUCUACAAUGGAUCCCUCUCAUAUUAUAGAGCUCCUCUCCUAGCUGUUCCCAACAUCUGUGAUAGGUGGUUUCGUCUCAAUGUAAUUCAUGAUGUUCAUGCUGGGAAUCUAACGGUUUUCAUUGAUGGGAUUCAAGUGCUUGAAGAAGCACGAGGAAGAGGUGGAAAGUCCCAUUACUUCAAGUUUGGUGUAUAUGAACAAGAUGAUCCUUCUAACUACAUGGAGUCCCAGUGGAAGGGCAUCAAAGUUCUCAAAAAAAUGUGACUUGUUACUUCUGUGACCUGUGUACUGUUCUUGGUUUAAGUGGGCAUAUCUAUGCCCAUUUUCCCUCUUGUUUUUUUGUGAA